AUGGCUGAAUACUCUUCAUGGAAAGUUGCUGACCUCAAGGCAGAGCUGAAGAAAAGAGGGAUACCUCAAACUGGCCUCCGCCUCAAACAGCAAUUCAUUGACAAGCUUUCAGAGGAGGACGCGAAAGCACAACUGCAGGACACAGCUGCCGCUCCUGCUGAAUCGCUUCCAACUGAGACAUCCCAGGAGGAUAAUAUCGCACAAAACAAUGAAAAUCAUGAAUUGCCGAGGUCACCAGCAAAGGAGCCUGAGGAACCUUCAUCAAUCACGGUCCCAGCGCAAUCCUCCAACUCGCCUGAAACCCCGGCAGUCUUGGAGCAGGAUCAGCCGCAGAGUCCAGGAUUGAAGUCACACAAUGACGAAAAUCCAGGUACUUCAGCUACUAUGCCAGUUGAGCAGCCGGUACUUCACGAAACACCACAAUCAGAGCCCAAUAAACCUGCUUCCACACUCACUGAACGAGUCACCGCAGCUGAAACCGAUCAAGUGUCCAAAGAACCAGCUGCGACUACUGAACCUAACCCCUCGAAUACACUCUCCGAACGUGCCAUUGCAGAUGAAACUGAGCAAGGGCCAAACGAACAAGCCGACGAUACGACAACCAACCUAUCGGCAGUUCAUGCUCAAGAACCCACCACGGCUGAAAACGAGCAAGCCUUGCAAGAAACAGCUACCAGUACUGAAGAUACCCCGUCAAAAACUCUCGCCGAACAUACACCUGCCGCUGAAACUGAGCAAGUGCCAGAUGAACCAACUGCCACCACUGAACAUGCUCCUUCAGCUAUCCUUACCUCCGGCGAGAAUACUGGCUUAUCUACACCCCUACCCGUCGAAGAGCUUUUGGAGGACAAGCGGAAGCGAAAGCGUCGCAGCCAAAGCCCACUUCCCACUCCGGAAGCAAUCGCGCAGAAGAAGGCUCGAGCGCAAGAAGACACCCCGCGGGUGACUCUCAAAGAUGACCUCCCCAAUGAAGUGAAUCCCGCAGAACUUACGGAAACCGAGUCUUCCCAAGUGGCAGUUUCUAUCAAAGAAGCUCCUGUUCCACCUAAGCAAGAUGCACGAUUCCGGGGGCUAUUUGCUACCGACACAGCCCAUCCUCCACCCCCGCGUGUCGCGUCUCCAACCGAAGAUGUUGACAUGAAAGACGCCACUGUCAGACCCGCUAUCCACCCCGCCACUUGUUCCCUCUACAUCGAUGGACUCAUGCGCCCUUUGAAACCAAAUGAUCUCCGGAACUACCUCGUCAGUCUGGCAUCUACAGCUCAGCAAGACGCCGAUCCUGAUGUCAUCCAGGUGUUUUGGCUUGACCCCAUCAAAACCCACUGCUUUGUACAGUUCAUAAACAUUGCAGCUGCGUCGCGGGCGCGGGCUGCACUUCACGGUGCGGUGUGGCCGAACGAACGCAACCGGAAAAACCUCUGGGCUGAUUUCAUUCCCGAUGAGCAGAUCCAAACCUGGAUUCAGACGGAGAUGUUGGCGCAAGGUCGCCCUGGGUCUCCUCCUCGAUGGGAGGUCCGCUAUGAAACUAAGAACGAGGGCAUCGUCGCCUCUUUAGUCGAGGCCGGGUCAAAUGCGCGCAUGAACGCAUCACGAGCACAUGAACUCGGCUUUGACCGGCCUCCCCCAUCCGGCCCGCGCGCAAGUUUUGCUCAGCCUGAGCGUCGUCCUUCUCGCGUAGAAGCGCCCGCGCCCGCACAGACAGGACAAGGCUUCAAGCCCCUGGAUGAGCUCUUCCAAUCGACCACCACGAAGCCCAAGCUCUACUACCUCCGAGUGCCUCGUGAGGUGGCCGACAAACGCCUAGACCAAUUCGACGAGCUGAUCCGCAAAGGUCAAUUUCCGCCCCGGGGUGGCGAUGAAAUGCGCCGGAUCACCUUUGAAGAGCAGGAUCAAUUUGUGGACGUCGGCCCAGAGUACGGACCGGGGGCUCUGCGCCGAGGCCGCGGUGGUGGCCCAGGAGGCCGAGGGGGCCGACGCGGUGGAGACGGUCGUUGGCGGUGA